AUGGGGCUGAGGAGGGGGGUGCUCAUGACCCUGCUGCAGCAGUGCGCCAUGACCCUGCCCCUAUGGAUCGGGAAGCCGGGGGAGAAGCCCCCCCCGCUCUGCGGCGCCGUCCCGGCUGCCGGUGACUACGUGGCCAAGCCUGGGGACAAGGUGGCGGCGAGGGUGAAGGCCCUGGAGGGGGAUGAGCAAUGGAUCCUGGCCGAGGUGGUGAGCUACAGCCAUGCUGCCAACAAGUACGAGGUCGAUGACAUCGAUGAAGAGGGCAAAGAACGUCACACGCUGAGCCGGCGCCGCAUCAUCCCGCUGCCGCAGUGGAAGACGAACCCGGAGACGGACCCGGAGGCUCUGUUCCAACGGGAGCAGCUCGUGCUGGCCCUGUACCCCCAGACCACGUGUUUCUAUAGGGCGCUCAUCCACACCCCCCCCCAGCGUCCGCAGGACGAUUACUCGGUGCUGUUUGAGGACACCUCGUACGCCGACGGGUACUCGCCCCCCCUCAACGUGGCGCAGCGCUACGUGGUGGCCUGCAGGGAGAGCAGGAAGAAGUGACCCGGAACGGGGCAAAAAUGGGCAAAAACGGGGUGGAAAUGGGGAAAACGGGGAAAAAAUGGGGAAAAAUGGGGAAAAAAGGUGUAAAAAUGAGGAAAAUGGGAAAAAGAAGGGUACGUGGUGGCCUGCAGGGAGAGCAGGAAGAAGUGACCCGAAACGGGGCAAAAACGGGCAAAAACGGG